AUGCAAACCCUGCUCGUCUCCGCAGUACGAGUUUGCAAGUCAUGGAACAGCCUGAUUACCAAGUCUCCACACCUGCAACGGGCGCUUUGUCUGCUGCCCGAAGACGACCGGGACGCAUCUGACACCAAUACCGUCGUCAACCCACUCCUGGCGAAACACUUCCCGCCGUUGUUUACCCCCGUUUACGAUAUCGGCUGCCCGUUUCCUAUCCAGGGCCGAGAACCCGACGAGAGUUGUUACGACUAUCUGUUCGAGGACGUCAACUACAACGGCAUGAUGAAUUUCAAGUCCAUGCCGGUCUACCAGCGGAGCUCGGGAGAACAACCCUUAUCUUCGAGAAUGUGGAGGAACAGGUUGACGUCCCAGCCGCCAGCCAAAAAGCUGGGCUACUGUAUGAUCUCGACCGGCAGGAACGACACCAUCGUCAGCACCAAGAUUCUCUACGCCAAGUGCCAGAAGGACGGUGAUGACGGGGGCAGCAGCACAGAAGUGAACUGGACCGCGAACCAAACCCCUCCCAUCCGCAUGGCACACCUGUACGCACAAGUGUUGCUCUUUGUGAAAAUGGGAUCGCAGCAUUGUGGCUUUAAGAUCAUGUGCAAUCUGCAGAAUCACAAUCGGGACUACGUUACCCACACGUCGUUCGCCCUCUUGGCUGUUUUUUCAUGGGAUCCAACCCUGAGGCAGACGCCGUCUGGCGACGCUGCCAGCCUGAAAACCCACCGUCAGGUUUAUCCCCUAAUCAAAUCUCUAAAUAGUGGAGAUAAAAAUCGAAGCUGGAUUCAGUGA